AUGGGGCCAUAUAAAAUUAUUCAAAGAAUUUGCCAAGUGGCAUAUGAGUUACAACUACCCCAGGAGCUUUCAAUGGUGCAUCCAGUGUUUCAUGUAUUAAUGCUUCAAAAGUACAUAUGUGAUCCAUCUCAUAUUACUCUUACUAAAGAUGUACAGGUUAUGGAAGAACUCACCUAUGAAGAAGUGCCUACUGCUAUACUAGAUCAGCAAGUUAAGAAGUUAAGAGAUAAAGAAUUACCUACAGUAAAAGUGCUUUGGGGGAGCCCGCAAGUAGAAGAAAUCACAUGGGAAGCCGAAGAAACAAUGCAGUCAAAGUACCCUCAUUUAUUCGAAUCCAAAGACAAUGUCCACAGAUGCUGA